CCCACCUGCUCUUCGACUUGCAUUCCCCCAAAACAUUCAUUUCAGCGUUCUCGACAGCUUCACACGAUGUCAACGACAGCUUCCGAUAAGCCACAUGUCCUGCUAGUAUCACUUGAUACCGAUUUCCCGUUUGAUCAAAUCUACCAAGCAUCUGUGGGGAAGCUGAAAGCCCUAGCCACUCUUCAUCAUGCCACAAACCCCGCUUCAGCACUACAACGAUUAGAACAUCAGCCUCUGCAGGCGGUUCUAGUUACCGACGGUGCCAUCGCACAGCAUCGUGCUGUCUUUGUGAAGCUUCUUGACUAUGUUCGCGGUGGCGGUACCCUCGUUCUCAUGGGCACCUUCAGCUCAAUGACUAGACCCAAUGAUAUGAACAAGCUCUUCCAAGAAGCAGGUCUACCAUGGACGUACAGAGAUUGCAGACGUAUCAAUAUCCCCCACUAUGCUGCGAGGACCACUGUGUAACGAGAAGAAUAGUAG